GCAACUACUCCUCCACAUUUCCGUCUUUGUCUUGAUUGCUCCUCAUAUAAUACCACAAUGGACGGACUUAAUGCCGCAGAGCAGCGCGAGCUGGCUAACCGCAUGGAGCGGAAGCAGAUGAAGGAGUUCAUGACUAUGUACUCCAAACUUGUCCAACGCUGUUUCGACGACUGCGUCAACGACUUCACCACCAAGUCGCUCAUCUCGCGUGAGGAGGGUUGUGUUAUGCGCUGUGUGGACAAGUUUAUGAAGGGAUCUCAGCGCCUCAACGAGCGAUUCCAGGAACAGAAUGCCGCCAUGAUGCAGAGCGGACAGUUGCCCGGACGGUAAACGACUUCGUCUUUCGGUUUUCUUGUUGGCUUUAUCGGCAAUUUCCGUGUAUACUAGCUUCUCAAUGAUACUCUCGCCUAUGUACGGCUGAAUGUGGUCUUGAUCAGGACGCCAUAGCAUCCCGCUGGAAUACUUCGAAGUUCGUGUAAGGGUGAGCGACUACGUGAUUAUUGACUCAAAGACCAGGGCGAAUCGGCCUAUUGAGCUAAAACAUGCUUUCGAACACUUGUUUCCGUCAUUUCGUUUGGAGCGAGAUUGAGCUAUCGACAAUAGAGAAAGGUGUGAUUGCAAACGAGACGCCCAAUACGGACAACAAAUCCGAACCCUCCGCAUCAUAAAACUUAAAGGUUGCUGACGUUGGGUGGAAGGGUGGCGAAGUGGGCGGGGCCAUGAGCUAUAUCGGGCACUUGAUCUCGUUCUUAAACAAUCGUCUUCAAGAUUUUGCUUGCUCUUCAAUAAACGCCAGGUUCUUAGCGCGUCACGGAUAAGAUUGAGUGAAAAUGUGCUUAUAUACCUGAUC